AGAACGUGAAACAAGCAACACAACAAACGCCGUCGUGUUUGUGUUGUAGCCAUCCAUUGUCUUCGUUGCAUUCGUUCGUUCGUCUUUGCCGUUAUUAACGUCAGCGAGAGUCAGUCACUCAAGUCGCCGUCUGAGUCUCAUUUGCACAGUUAGUUUUGGUGUUUCGAAUUAAUGCAAAAACAACAAAAGAAAAAUUGUACGCUUGAUAAAAUCAAACAUAAAUAAAACAAAAAUAAAAAUAUUGUUUACAGCACAGCAAAUUGCAAAAAGAAACAAAACAAAUUGAAAAUGCUAAAAUACCUUUUAAAAGCGUACAUGGAAAUUAAAAGUGCAUUCCUAGUUGGUUUAAGUGAAAAUCCUAAAAGAAACUGUAAUGAAAAUUAAAUGAAAGCAAACAAAAGGCAUAGUGUUUAGUGAAUUAUCUCAAGAAGAAACUAGAAAUGAAUUGUGAAAAAUAGUUUUCAAAAAAGAAAGAAUACAGAUACGAGUAUUAUGAAAUUCCAAAGCAAAGCCUAAAGGCACCAUUCCCACCCAAUAGCAGCAGCAGCAGCCAAUAGCUAUCAAUACUCCAUGGAAUACCAGCAGCAACAACAACGUGUUAUAUCUAUAAAACAACAAACAAACAAAGUGGAGCUGCUGUUAUGUGUGGUUUAUCUUGAAAUGUGUGCCCAGAGAGUGUAUUUUGUAUUUUGAAAAUAACAGCAAAAUGCUCAUAUCAAAAUAAUACCAAAGCAAUUCUUAAGAAUUUCUUAAACUCGCAUUGAAGUGUGACUUUUAUUGCAAAAACAAACAACGAAUCCAAACUAAUCAGCCAAAGACUGUGCUGACCGACCACUGAGUCAGUCAGUCAGUCCGUGAAUGAAUGCCUCUUAUGACAAGCCAACAACACCAACAACAAUAACAACAGCUGAUUAGAAUUACAAAUACAAAGUGGAUAUUAAAUAACAACUAAACAACAACAACAACAAAAAUAGCAGCAGCAAACAACAAUAACAGUAAAACGUGAAUAAUAACAAACAAACAUUAACCAUCGACGAGCACCAGCAAUGUUUGGUGAUUGUUCCGAUUCGACCGAAGACAUGACAGUAGACAGCAGAGAUUCCAAAGAUUUUAAUACAAACAAUAUAAUGGAUGAAAAUGACCAUCAUCAUAUGCAACAAGAGCAGCCUUCAAAUGAUGACCACCGUUCUUCACCGGCUGCCAUCGUAAAUCGUUUAACUAAAGAGACUGAACACAAAAUGCCAGCAGAAUCGCCUAAUCACAGUGAUAUGGGUGAUUUGGACGACAAUGAGCCCCCAAAGCAAAAGAGACCAAAAAUGGAAUUGGAAAGCCAUCUGAGAAAAACGCCUGAUUGCUUGUCAAUGCAGCCCACAACACCGAGUGCAGUACAUGCAAACGAAUCAUCAAAGCCAGAUGAAGAUGAUAAUUUAGCUUCCACACAAAUGGACGAAACAAAUUCAAAAGAUCGUAGAUCUUGUAGUCCUGGCAUCAAUAGUCCCUCCAUAAGUCCAGCUAAAUCUGAGGAUGCUGUCAAUGAGCGCCACUCUUCCUCCUCGUCGCCCUCUCAGGCAAUGCCCAAAUUAAGAUUAAACACAUUGUUAGCAUCAGAUCCUGCCCUAAUGCCAGAUGCCAAAGAUUUAAAAGUGGUGCAUGAAUCACAAAGCCAGCAAAGAAAGCAACGUUUGCAACAGCAACAGCAACAACAGGAACGGGAACGGGAUAUAGAUGCAUCUAGUCCUCAUAGAAGUUCAUCCAUUACUAAACUGGAGCCGCUCAUGAAACCUCAACCCACACCGCCCUUAGAGGUGGCACCACGCAUGAAGGUAUUCAUGUGUUUGCCCUGUGGCAUCGGAUUCAGUUCACCAUCCACCUUGGAGGCCCAUCAAUCUUUCUAUUGUUCUCAUCGCCACAAAGAAAAUGUUGAUGACGAUACAGGGGCUUCUACCGCACUCAACGAUAAGGCUUCCCAUUCACCUUCCCAGGCCUCAGCAGCGAUUGCGACCAGCUCUAGUACAGGAUCAGGAGGUGGAUCGGAAUCCGCAGCUAAGAUUCCCAAGACAGGUAAACAAUACGCUUGCACUCAAUGUUCCUACAGUGCCGACAAGAAGGUCUCUCUCAAUCGCCAUAUGCGUAUGCAUCAAACAUCUCCAGCUCCAAGCUCGAAUUCGAAUAACACUGGUGGUGUUGCCACCUCCGGCAGUGGGCUCAUGGAGGAAAAUUCUAGUCAACAGAUCGAUCGUUAUUGCAGUGAUUGUGACAUACGGUUUAAUAAUGUCAAAACCUAUAGGGCCCACAAGCAGCACUACUGUAGUUCCCGCCGCACAGAGGGCCAAUUGACACCCAAACUUGAAGUUUCAACCACACCGAGCACACCUAAAGCUAACUCAGUGCAUUCGGGUGCCAUGAGUCCUCAGACUAGAACUAAAACUCCCACACCCGCCAUGGUGGCUGCUGCUGCCGCCGCUGCUGCUGCAUUACAACAGCCAUCAGCUACACCGUUUUUGGCUCUACCCACAAAUCCUAUACUGAUUAUUCCCUAUUCGUUAAUACGUUCCGCCAGUUUGAUAGCAGGACCUUUACAAUCUCCUUCGGCAUCUGUGGUGAAUCCGGAAACCACAUGUUUCACAUUGGAUGGUGGCCAUUUAAAACCCUUAGCCACCGCCUUAAAUAUCAACGCUUUGAGUGCUGCAUCUACAGCUGCUAAUAGUUUAGUUGCAGCAGCAGCAGCUACAGUUCCACAACUGUCUGUAGUUGAUUCAACACGCCAAACAUCUUCCAAUGAAACAUUGUUAACUGAAAAGAACAUCCGAAGGAAUGUGGAAGAAUCUUCCGAAAAUACACCCAAGCGCAAAACGGAGGGACUAAGAGAAACCGCACCUUUGGAUUUAUCACUUCGACGUUCCCCCAUUGCUGCCUUGCUGCAGAAACAACGUCUAAAUUCAGCCGCUUCCUUUCUAGAUGCUGCCGCUGCUGUGGAGCAUCAGCAACGUCUAGACAUGGAAACCCUUCUGGAAGCCGGCAAGGAAAACUUGGCCAUUGACGAUGCUGGCAGCAUAACCCCCGAACAAAUUGUGUGUGCCCCCUCGUUGCCAAAUAGCCCAUCGAUGAGUCCAUCACCUAGAAGAAGAGCCAUUAGUCCCAGGAGCUCAGGUGCCGGAAGCACAUCUUCGAUGUCACCACCAGCCACCAUUCCGCCAGGAGCAUCAAAUUCGGCAAAUAUUUUUGAAAAUUUCCAUUUAAGAUCUUUACUUCCGGCCGAGUUACUAAAUCCCCUUUUGGCCAAUAAAAAUCUAGAACUAGCUUUAAAAUUAUCUGCCGCUGCUGCAGCUGCAGCCGUUAGUUCCUCCAAUAAUAAUGCCGCUGUGGGAGCACAAGCAGCAUCCACACCCGCCGAACUAGCCGCAGCCGCUGUGGCUGCUGCUGCAGCCUCUGGUCGUGGAUCACUUUUAGGUUUACCACAUCCAGCAGCCGCCAAUGCCGCUGCGGCAGUGCAACCCGCCUCUGCAGCUUCAGCUGCACCAAAUCAACCCCAAAUUUAUGUAAAGCAAGGCGUAUCGAAAUGCAAAGAAUGCAAUAUAGUAUUUUGUAAAUAUGAAAACUAUUUGGCCCACAAACAGCACUAUUGCUCGGCGCGAAAUCAAGACAUAGGCGAAGGUGAAAACAAGGUAUCUUCAACACCACCCAUGGCCACGGCAGCUUCACAAGCCGAAACGACUCCAGUUGCCUACCAACAGCUAAUUUGUGCAGCUUGCGGCAUCAAAUACACUUCCUUGGACAAUCUGAGAGCCCAUCAAAACUACUACUGCCCCAAGGGAGGUGGCGCUGUAGCUGCUGCUGCAGCAGCGGCCGCCGCAGCGGCAGCGGCUAAUGCAGAGAGUUCCCAAAUGGCAUUGCCCACAAAGGAGAAAUGUACAAAAUGUAAAACUCUACAUGAAUAUGGUUUGCCAUGUCCACCACCGCCAGCAUUAGCACAGCCAGCACCACAGCAUACGCCAACGGCCACUGCUGCGUCUGUUACAGCACCCACUUCAUCCAGCACUGGCAGCAGUUCCUCUACAGGCGGUCACAAUCAAAACGUUUACAAAUGCCCCCUUUGUGAUGCCGUUAGUUUAACCGCCAGCGAAAGUCGCAAGCACAUGGAAACCCAUGGCACAGUCAAGGCCUUCAGAUGUACCAUUUGUCGCUAUAAAGGCAACACCUUAAGGGGUAUGCGCACCCACAUUCGCAUGCAUUUCGAUAAGAAAUCCACCGAUUUAAAUGAAGAACAUUUUAUGGCCUGCAUAUUGGAGGAUGAAUCCAUUGAAAUACCAAGUGCUGCUUCAUUAAACCAAGAGCAUCUGGUCCAGCAACAACAGAAACAUUUACAGCAACAAGUUGCUGCUGCAGCUGCUGUAGCGGCUGGCCUUCAACAGCAACAGCAGCAACAAUCGCAACAGCAACAGGUGUUCAAUUGUGAUAUUUGUAAUUACUCCUCCACCUACAAAGGCAAUGUGCUUCGUCAUAUGAAGUUGGUGCAUCCGCACAUUAUAACCAAUUCACCUUCAAUAUCUCCAGAAGCAGGCGAUUUGGAAACUGCAGAAACAAACUCCUUAAGUGGCAGUCUCAAUGGUGACAAUGGAAUUAAUACUUUCGCCAUUAAAUCAGAGCCUGUAGAUCAUGCCACCGCUAAUGCGCCUACAACUCCUGUAGUAUUACUAAAUCCACAUGAUAAUAAUAACUCUCCGAUACCGAGCAUUGGUCAACAUCCGGUACAUGCAAAUGAUCUAAUGCAUCACAUAAAAUCUGAACCCAUGGAAAUUUCCAUAGAGCCACCAACGGGACCCAUGAUGAGCAUAACGCCAACACUUAGAUCGCCAGCUAUCGGACCACCACCACCACUCAAUGCCACACCCGAAGAAAAUGUCAACAAUCAAAAGUAUUGUCAAACCUGUGACAUUUCCUUUAAUUACAUGAAGACUUAUUUGGCCCACAAACAAUUCUACUGUAAGAAUAAAAUGCGACGACCCGAAACCAAUGACAGUCCCAGUCCAAAUGCUGGUGUUUUGGUCUCAGCAGCUGCGGUUCCCUCUCCCAACUCACUUAUGAUGCAAAAGAACAAAGAGAAUUUACAACAAGAGGCAGCCAUUUGAUAGAAUUGGCCACAAUCAUGGCCAUGGACCACAAACUCCAAUCGCAAUUGGGAGUGGUAUUACAAGUGUUUUUAAAAUGGGAAACGGAACGAAACGCCUAGCGCAGCGAGGAUCAUCUAACGCAAAGCAUAUCACACGUUAUUGAAAACUGAAAAGAGAAAAGAGAAAAACAAAACUAAAUCUUUAACCAAUGCAUAGUCCUUUAACCAUGGAAACGUACAGUAUUUAAAGAGAAUCUCUGUAAAUAUACAUUAAACAAAAUAGAAUUGAAAUAUAAACUGGAUCCUUUAUAUAUAUAUAGUGGGUCACUCACAAUUAUAGUAGAAUCUGUCAGAUUUUUGAAAAACUCAAAGGUGGAUUUUUAAAACUCUCUGACAGAUGUAUCUGCCAAUGUGAAUUGCCUCUUAGACUAUGUAUUUGAAUAAUAAAUCCUUUAGUAGUAAAGCUAUGAUGAAAACAAAAACAUAAUAA